AGGAACUUUAUUUCUGCUACACAAGGUAAAGGUGAAAGUUGAAGGGUAUGUUGUGAACAUGGCAUCUGGCUUUACUGUCAAGCAUGGAUUAUUGACAAGUAACAAAGCUUUAUUGCACUCUCUCCAAAGAAAGAUAUGGCCACACAAUGUAUGUCUUCAUCGAUCUACAGAAGUGACGUUACGAAAAGUGUCAACGAAGUCGUCUACAGACUUGCAACAAAACGAAAAAUACUGUAUCGAUGUUGUCAGGUCUCGAGACUAUGAUGGCUUUGUGUGCAGCCUGCUCUUACCAGAGGAAGCACGGCGCUCCUCCUUGGCCUUAAGGGCCUUCAACGUGGAGCUGGCUCAGGUGAAAGAUUCAGUUACCCAGAAGACUAUCGGUCUGAUGCGAAUGCAGUUCUGGAAGGCUGCUAUAGACGACAUUUAUAAGGAUGACCCCCCUUUGCAGCCUGUCAGCGCAGAACUAUGGAGGGCUGUGAGAAAACACUACCUGACCAAGAGAUGGUUGUUGAGGAUCAUCACUGAACGAGAGAAAGAUAUGGAGGACAGAGCCUACAGAACUCUGCAGGAGUUGGAGACAUAUUCAGAGAACACCCAGUCGUCAUUACUGUACCUCCUCCUGGAGAGUCUAGGUGUGAAAAACGUCCAUGCAGACCAUGCUGCCAGCCACAUCGGGAAGGCCCAUGGCAUCGUGACGUGCUUGCGAGCCACGCCCUACUACAGCAGCAGACGCAAGGUCUACCUGCCCAUGGACAUCUGCAUGCUGCAUGGAGCCUCCCAGGAAGAUUUUAUCCGGGGAAACCGCGAGCAGCAUGUCAGAGAUGUCAUCUAUGACAUUGCCAGUCAAGCCCAUGUUCACCUACAACAUGCCAGGUCUUUUAGCAAGAACGUUCCAGUUGCUGCCACCCCGGCCUUCCUACAAACGGUGGUAUUGGAAGACUACCUUCAGAGAGUACGGAGGGUAGACUUUGACGUGUUCCAUCCGAGCUUGAGGAACCGAAACCCCUUGAUUCCCAUCCAACUCUACAUACGCUCUUGGAAGAAGACCUAUUGAUGUCAAUGACUCCCUUACUCUUUGCUCUGGUAAUUUAUUUGAAAGGUUACCAUGCUGAUGGACAGCUCUGUUUUGGCAUUUCCGUACACCAGUCUGUACGCGUGGGUUUCAUCAAGACAGAACAGGAUGCCUGAUACGAAACCACCAAUUCCAGCGUACUUCCAUUUAUCGUCGAAGAAAGUGGAGGGUCAUAGCUCUGGUAUUAAUCUGUGUUUUUGGACUCUCCCAUGUACAAGUGCUGGCUCCUGAAGCAUUUCGGACCAGUGGUUUACUUACCUAGAACCAGCCAAUUCUCCAAUCAUGGUAUCAAAUCAAGCUGUCCUUUAACAAUCCGUAUUGACCUGAAAGCUGGAUUAAAGGUACAACAAUUUGUUUAGACUAAGACAUCAAGUAUCCGAAGUAAGGCACGAUUGUUGAGCUAAGGACACUGCACUGGAGACAGAAGCACUGAUGUUUGUCCCAAUAAAUAAUGUAGCUGUGUAUUUAGUUUCUUAGUCUUUCUUUUGAAAGCUUUUCUAUAAAGAAGAAACCUAGAACUAUAAUUUGAACCUUUUCCAUGUCAAAGGUCUGUAGGCAAAAGUAAUGUUUCAAGAGCAGAAAAAACCAUAGACGUCUUUGAAGAUUGUGUUCCACACUCUAAAACUUUGAUCCACCAAAACUAACUCAGUCCUUGGCCAUCAAAAGGACUGCCUUUAAGCCUCUUCACAGAAUGUUGUUCUAAAUUACCCAGCAGUUUGAAAAGGUGUCUUUGAAACAUGACACUGACACUGUUGCUCUCCGCUGACAUCAUUCUGUGUACCCAUGGCCAUGAAGGUGCUCUCCACCCAUUCACAAUAACUUCAAUAACUUCUUAAUUUUUUUCCAUACGCAGAGAAUGUACCCUCAAACAUUUACAUUAAUUUUCAGGUUUUAUUCUCAAAAUAAUUUGUUUACAGGUUUAGUACUUACCAUGGGACCUGCUGUGCCCCUUGUCUGGCUCGUCAUCAUUCAGUUCAGCAACAAGAUCAUGACUGUUUCAAUGAUGACGCUAAUGUUUGACAGCAUAGAGAUGGCCAUGACCUUUUGUCCUAUAUUCAUAAUUAAAUUCCUCCAUCAUUAGAAGUAAAAUUGGUGC